AUGUCGCCCAAGGAUGACAAGAAGGAGGAUGCCGGAAAGUCAGCCAAGAAAGACAAAGACCCAGUGAACAAAUCUGAGGGCAAGGCCAAAAGGAGGAAGUGGUCCAAAGGCAAAGUUCGGGACAAGCUCAAUAACCUAGUCUUGUUUGACAAAGCAACGUAAGACAAACUUAAAGAAGUACCCAACUAUAAGCAUAUAACUCCAGCUGUCGUCCCUGAGAUGCUGAAGAUUUGUGGUUCCCUGGCCAGGGCAGCCCUUCAGGAGCUCCUUAGUAAAGGACUUGCUAAACUGGUUUCAAAGCACAGAGCCCAAGUAAUUUACACCAGAAAUACCAAGGGUGGAGAUGCUCCAGCUGCUGAUGAAGACACGUGA